AUGGCAACACACCCAUCGAGCAAUGCCCUGCAAAAUACCCUCAAUGGCACGCAUCAGCAGGAUAUGCUUACAUCAAACGUCACCCCAUGGAAGCCCACCGCCCCACCAGUGCCCCAUGGAAAGCCCUAUGGAAGCCCACCUCGCCCCACCAAUGUCCCAUGGAAGCCCCCCUCGCCCCACCAGUGCCCCAUGGAAGCCCACCUCGCCCCACCAGUUCUCAAUGGAAGCCCACCUCGCCCCACCUGUCCUCCAUGGAAGCCCACCUCGCCCCACCAGUGCCCCAUGGAAGCCCACCUCGCCCCACCAGUUCUCAAUGGAAGCCCACCUCGCCCCACUAGUGAUCCAUGGAAGCCCACCUCGCCCCACCAGUGCCCUAUGGAAACCCACCGCCCCACCAGUGCCCCAUGGAAGCCCACCUCGCCCCACCAGUGCCCUAUGGAAGCCCACCUCGCUCCACCAGUGCCCUAUGGAAGCCCACCUCGCCCCACCAGUGACCCAUGGAAGCCACCUCGCCCCAUGGAAACCCACCUCGCCCCACCAGUGCCCUAUGGAAGCCCACCGCCCCACCAGUGCCCCAUGGAAACCCACCUCGCCCCACCAGUGCCCCAUGGAAGCCCACCUCGCCCCACCAGUGCCCCAUGGAAGCCCACCGCCCCACCAGUGCCCCAUGGAAACCCACCUCGCCUCACCAGUGCCCCAUGGAAGCCCCCCUCGCCCCACCAGUGCCCCAUGGAAGCCCACCUCGCCCCACCAGUUCUCAAUGGAAGCCCACCUCGCCCCACCAGUGAUCCAUGGAAGCCCACCUCGCCCCACCAGUGCCCUAUGGAAACCCACCGCCCCACCAGUGCCCCAUGGAAGCCCACCUCGCCCCACCAGUGCCCUAUGGAAGCCCACCUCGCCCCACCAGUGCCCUAUAGAAGCCCACCUCGCCCCGCCAGUGACCCAUGGAAGCCACCUCGCCCCAUGGAAACCCACUUCGCCCCACCAGUGCCCUAUGGAAGCCCACCGCCCCACCAGUGCCCCAUGGAAACCCACCUCGCCCCACCAGUGCCCCAUGGAAGCCCACCUCGCCCCACCAGUGCCCCAUGGAAGCCCACCGCCCCACCAGUGCCCCAUGGAAGCCCACCUCGCCCCACCAGUGCCCCAUGGAAGCCCACCUCGCCCCACCAGUGCUCCAUGGAAGCCCACCUCGCCCCACCAGUGCCCCAUGGAAGCCCACCUCGCCCCACCGGUGCCCCAUGGAAGCCCACCGCCCCACCAGUGCCCCAUGGAAGCCCAACGCCCCACCAGUGCCCCAUGGAAACCCACCUCGCCCCACCAGUCCUCCAUGGAAGCCCACCUCGCCCCACCAGUGCCAAAAGGAAACCCACCUCGCCCCACCUGUCCUCCAUGGAAGCCCACCUCGCCCCACCAGUGCCCCAUGGAAGCCCACCGCCCCACCAGUGCCCUAUGGAAGCCCACUUCGCCCCACCAGUGCCCCAUGGAAGCCCGCCGCCCCACCAGUGCUACAUGGAAGCCCACCGCCCCACCAGUGCCCCAUGGAAGCCCACUUCGCCCCACCAGUGCCCCAUGGAAGCCCAUCUCGCCCCACCAGUGCCCCAUGGAAGCCCAACGCCCCACCAGUGCCCCAUGGAAGCCCACCUCGCCCCACCAGCGCCCCCAUAA